GCAUCUCAGAAAAGUUGGACGUUCGAUUCUCUUCUUUGAACCACGACCGGCGUGCAGACUCGCAAAUACUUGAGGCGGCCAACCCGAGCUAAAUCUGACAAAAGAGCACCCAUCUAUACUCCAAGAAAAGUUGCAACAUAAAUGCGCAUAGCCAUCGUAGGGUCUGGAGUGUCUGGACUGGCUGCAACAUGGCUUUUGAACCGGGAUGAGCAUGAGGUACAUCUAUAUGAGGCUGCCUCGCGGCCGGGUGGCCAUGCAAACACCGUACGUGUAGAACCAUCGGGCAGGGUGCCAGUCGAGGUCGACUCCGGUUUUAUCGUCUUCAACCCCUCCACCUAUCCCAACUUUCUCUCCUUUCUCCGUCAAUAUCCCUCUAUCAAGAUCCUCCCCACCGAAAUGACAUUCAGUGUCUCCCGUGACUUUGGCGCAUUCGAAUGGGCCGGCGGAAACCUCUUCACGGUCUUUUGCCAGGCGAAACGUGUUCUGGACUCAGAGAUGUGGAAGCUGAUUUACGACGUGUUGAGGUUCAAUGCAUGUGCGAGGAGGAUACUCAAGAAGCCGGUUUCCAAAGGAGCGGAGAUGUCAGUUGGAGAAUAUUUGGAGAAUGAAGGUUAUUCACAAAGCUUUAGAGACAAUUAUUUGAUUCCUAUGACUGCCGCUGUGUGGAGUACGCCACCCGACCUCUGCGCAUUAGACUUCCCCGCGAGGACUUUGAUCAACUUCAUGCACAAUCACCACCUUCUUCAAAUUACUGGCAAGCCUUCCUGGCUCACGAUUCAAGGCGGAAGCAAGCAAUAUGUCAACACCGUCCUUUCAGAACUCCCGAAAGAAAGCUUGCACCUCUCAACGCCUAUCAAAUCCAUUACUUCUAGAAACUCCUCGCUCCAGGUCAAACUCACGACUACUGAUGGCAAGGUCGAGCUGUUUGAUCAUGUCAUCAUGGCGUGCCAUUCAGAUGAUACGUUGAGAAUCUUGGGUGAGGGAGGAGACGUGAGUGAUGAAGAGAGGAGAAUCCUGGGUGGUUUCCGGUGGAACAGGAAUGAGGUUGUGGUCCAUUCGGACGAGGCCUUGAUGCCAAAGAGCAGGAUCGCUUGGUCAUGCUGGAAUUAUCUGACGAGGUCAGGUGUGGAUGCCAAGGGGAGAAGGAAAGCGAACAACGACCAGGUUGCAUUGACAGAUUGGAUGAAUGAUCUUCAACACCUCUCCACCCAUACUCACGGACCAGUCUUCGCUACCCUCAAUCCUCCUUCGCCACCCUCUCCGUCGAAGACCUACUCGCAUCAUCAGUAUUCACACCCCGUCCUUGACGCUGCGGCCGUAAGAUUGCAAGAGGAGAUGGAGAAAAUUCAAGGGAAGAGAGGGGUAUGGUACGCAGGCGCCUGGAUGAAAUACGGGUUCCACGAAGACGGAUGGACGGCAGGACUGAAGGCAGCGGUAGGUAUAAUUGGGAAGGACACGAAGCACCUGCAUUCAUCUGCGAGCAAGGAUCAGGAGGGGGUAACUGUAUAUGGGAAUGGGAGUGCGUCCGGGAAGGGCGCGAGGGCAGCGUCGAUUGAGAUCCUUUCUGCUGAACGGUCCGGAGCGCAUGAUAUGUUUUGGAUCGUUUGUGGCCUCUUCUUCGAUUUCUUCGAGUUUUCGGGUCUCCGGACAGUUGUUGCGUUCGUGUUGGGGCUGUGGCUGAGUAUGUUGAGGAAGGUGGCAAGCGUUUUCGUUGAUUUGAGCGACUUGGUCGUGUAGAGGGUUGGGAGGGACUGUGGACUCGGAGCGCCUGUAGAGUAAGGGGAA